AGCGCUCACCCCGCUCAGGCAGAGCGAUGCUGAAGCCCGGGGACCCCGGCGGAUCCGCGUUCCUGAAGGUGGAUCCCGCCUAUCUGCAGCACUGGCAGCAGCUUUUCCCGCAGAGCAGCCAACUCAAAAGCAGCGGGCCCCUCGCCCAACUCCAGCCGCCCGAGAGAGCCGAGCCCUCGGCUGACAAUCUCCGCCAACGCCCGACCUCCCUCUCCUCCGCCUCCUCCUCCUCUUCCUCGUCCACUCCGUCUUCCUCCUCCACCUCGUCCUGCGUCGCUGCGGCGGCGGCUUCUCUGGCUGGUCUGACCUCCCUGCCUGUGACCCAGCUCCCGGUCUUCGGACCGCUGCAGAGCUCGGAGCUCCCGGCCGGCGGAGCGCCCGCUCCCCUGCAGGGCAAGGAUUUGUGCGGGGCCGGCAGCGGCGGCGGCAAAUGUGGCGACCGUGGUGCCCCUCGGUACCGCUGCACAGCCGAGGAGCUGGACUACUACCUGUACGGGCAGCAGCGCAUGGAGAUCAUCCCCCUGAACCAGCACACCAGCGACCCCAACAACCGAUGUGACAUGUGUGCUGAUAACCGCAAUGGCGAGUGCCCCAUGCACGGGCCGCUGCACUCCCUGCGCCGGCUGGUGGGCACCAGCAGCGCGGCCGCGGCAGCCCCGCCGCCCGACAUCCCCGAGUGGCUCCGGGACCUGCCCCGGGAAGUGUGCCUGUGCACCAGCACCGUGCCUGGCCUGGCCUACGGCAUCUGUGCGGCACAACGGAUCCAGCAGGGCACCUGGAUUGGGCCCUUCCAGGGAAUCUUGCUCUUGCCAGAGAAGGUUCAAGCAGGAGCCAUCAGGAACACUCAGCAUCUCUGGGAAAUAUAUGACCAGGAUGGGACACUGCAGCACUUUAUCGAUGGUGGAGAGCCCAGUAAGUCAAGCUGGAUGAGGUACAUCCGAUGCGCCAGGCACUGUGGGGAGCAGAACCUAACGGUGGUUCAGUACAGGUCGAAUAUAUUCUACCGGGCUUGUAUAGAUAUCCCCAGGGGCACUGAGCUGUUAGUGUGGUACAAUGACAGCUACACAUCUUUCUUUGGAAUCCCUCUCCAGUGCAUUGCACAAGAUGAAAAUUUGAAUGUCCCUUCGACUGUAAUGGAGGCCAUGUCCAGACAAGACACCCUACAGCCAUUUAAUAAAAGUAGCAAACUAUCCCCUGCCACUCCACAGCGAUCCGUAGUAUUUCCACAGACUCCGUGUAGCAGAAAUUUUUCUCUCCUGGAUAAGUCUGGGUCCAUCGAGUCAGGAUUUAACCAGAUCAGUGUCAAAAACCAACGAGUUCUUGCAAGCCCAACUUCAACAAGCCAACUAAAUUCUGAGUUCAGUGACUGGCAUCUUUGGAAAUGUGGGCAAUGCUUUAAGACUUUCACCCAGCGGAUCCUCUUACAGAUGCAUGUGUGUACGCAGAACCCCGACAGGCCCUACCAGUGUGGCCACUGCUCCCAGUCCUUCUCCCAGCCGUCGGAGCUGAGGAACCAUGUGGUCACGCACUCCAGCGACAGGCCCUUCAAGUGUGGCUACUGCGGGCGCGCCUUCGCCGGGGCCACGACACUCAACAACCACAUCCGGACACACACGGGGGAAAAGCCCUUCAAGUGCGAGAGGUGUGAGAGGAGCUUCACACAAGCCACCCAGCUGAGUCGACACCAGAGGAUGCCCAAUGAGUGCAAGCCAAUAACAGAGAGCACAGAAUCAAUUGAAGUGGAUUAACUGAUUGACUGGUUGGAAUUAAACUGCAAGGAAAGUCAUGAUUAAAUGUCACGGACACUUAAGCAAAACCAAAGAUUUCCUCUGAGCAACUUUCAAUCAGUCCCAGAAAACCAAAAGCAGUAAUAAAAUAAGUAAGAUGUUAAGAGAUAUUGAUCCUGGCGUGGAAGAAGUGAGACCAGGAAAGAGAUUAUUUAUUUAUGACUAGGGAUGAGUCUUAUUUCAAUUGACAAGUUACUUGGGACUGUUAACAUUUCAAGUCCCUUCAUGUAUUGCUUUAAUUCUAAAAGCCUUUAUAAUUGUUAUUUAAUGCCAAAGUGAGGAAUCUCAAGGGUUCUUCUGCUCAUAGUUAUGACUGAGAAUGCACAUGGACUUGUUUAUUGUUGCACCUUUCUUUGUAGCGUGACUCAAAGGACCCAGAUGUAAUCUGUACAUUUGGCUGGGCUGGGCUAAGUUGAUCUUGACAUGGCUGUAAUAGAAAUUGCUGUGUGGGAUGGAAAGUGAUCAUGGGCUAUACCUGGGUCAGUGUCAGCCACCUCAGACCAAAGGGCAUUCCAUUUCCAUAGUCUCAUGCCUCACACUCUGUGCACUUUUUCAUGCAGGUAGUUUGCAUUGGCAUUGGCAUAGAUAUUCUGGGAAAGAAAAAAAACCAAAACCAAAAAGAAAAUAUAGUAAAACAACUGAAUGUUGUACAUCUGCAAAUAUACAUUAUAUAAAGAAAUGAGUAGGAAAACUGUGAAAAUAAUAGAGCUUCCAAAUUCAGUCUAAUAGCUAUGAAAGACAGAGGUGGUAGAAAGUAUUUUCAACACUAAAUAUUCCAGUCCAUGUGUAAAUCAUAUUACAAGGAGCAGAAAACCGAGAAGAUACUUUUUGGUUUGGGUAACUGAUUUAAUGUCAUGUUGAUUUCUAGGAAAACCGAUCAGAAAUCCAAACUAUAGUCCAUCAAUAUUUUUAGUCUUUUAUCGAGAUCAAAUUGGAAAUGCUCCUUUAUUAGAUGAAGCUUUCAAUACAAUUGGGCUGAGCUUCAAAACAAAAUGAUAAAUCUGAAUACAGAUACUUUGUAAACUUCCUGGAGGCUUCAUAGCAUUCACUUCAUGGAGAUUUGCCUGGUGCAGUGAAUGAAGGAAAGCCAAAAUAUUCCCACCACAAAUGUAAAAAGCUUAAAUGUCAUUGCAUUGGUUUGAAUUAACAAUUUCCAUAUUGGCUUUUUUCCGUGCUUUAUUUCAAUGAUGUAUUUCAGAUUUCACAAUUUUGUCUAAUCAAGUUAUGUUUUCACUUUUAGAGACCAGCAGCAUUUGUUUAUAUAUUGAUUGUCUCAGUGCUAGAGCUGUAGAUUGAUAAAAAUGUUACAAAAAGAAAUUAAAAAAAAAAAAAAGAAAAAAAAUGAAAAGAAAAAAAAAGAAAAAAAAAGAAAAUAAACAAAAUCACAGCCACCAAGAAGCAAAACCUAAACAGUCUGAGCUUUAUCAUAAGGUAAAACUGCAAAAUAAAAUUGUGGAGAAUAUGGGGAUUUAAACAGAAUAAUUCAGUUUUGCACCAAAACUGAAGUGCUGAGUGGCUCAUAAGGGCUCAGUUGAUUAUAUUAAAUAUUUUAAACACAUUUAUGGGGAUGACUUUAAAUAUGUAGAGAAUAAAGUAUCCAGUUCUGUAAAGGGCUAGACAGAAUCAGCUACAAAUUUAACACCAGGUUCAGACCAUUUAUGAAUUCUGCAAAGAGCUCAAGCAGAAAAAGAGCUUACAGUAAAAUUCAAAUGCAUUUAAAAGGAGUUUAAAAGCUACAACAUCCAUACUGCAUGUUCAUUUACUAUAUGGUAAAAACUACACUGCAGAAUCUGGAGUUUCCAAAGCUUUGCAGGGAAUUACUUCAGGAGUAUUUGUGUUUGGCCAUUAAAAAUGUAAAAAACAUUGUGGGGAAAAAGAUUUUUUUAUUGUUGUUCUAGCAAAUACCAGAUUAUCUCAUAAAGAAGCUUCAUCCCUAUGAGUUUUCAGCUCUAUUUCUGAGUGCAGAGGUAUGGGGAGUGGGCGAUUCUGUCACCUGCCUGAUUCUAUCCUCAAAACUAUGAGAAACUCUUAGCUACUAUAUAAAUAUGUUUGUUUGUUUGU